AUGCUAAAAACGCUCAAUUUGAGAAGGCGUGGUAAAACUGUUCCUUUGUGAUGUCACAGAGGCGCGGACUUCCUUAUAUGGGCGUGGCUGUAAGCCCCAAGAUCUGCUUCUCUGUGUACUUGCUAGCAAUGGCUUGUACGGGAAAGCCACAUUUGUUUCCAAUUCCUAACGACGCCAGCAUCAGGCACAAGUGGUUAGAGUUCCUGAUUCCCUCCCAGCAAAAAUAAUGCAUUUUAAUCUGUCAACGACAUUGGACUGUUUUGUGAACACUAUGCAGCUGGACUAGCUGACAAAGUGGCUGAAGCCUUUCUAACUUUACUUGGUGGUGUCGAAGAGCAAGCACUCCAGUCAAUCUGCCGGAUUUGACGUGUCAGAGGACUAAAGCAGAGAACCCGCCCCUCAAAGCUCACUGCUGCUUCGAGCUCACCUCCUCCCCGGAGAAGAAGAAGAAGAAGAAGAAGACACGUCCACCAAACAGAAUUUGUGUUUGGGGGGCUCUGCAGAACUAGGCAGUGAGGGAAAACCGGCAUCCCAUAAUGAUUUAAUCCACGCAAGCUGCCACUAAAGCGGCCAUCUGUGUAAGAUCUAACUUCCCCACAGGACUGCGCAAAGAAGGACGACGACGGGAGGCAGCGAGCUCAAGUCACAGCCGGAGAAGUCGAACGGGUCGUGCGAUGCCAUCCGCGGAGGCAGCGGCGGAGGUCGGGCUGGGAUACCCACCGACCUCACCGGGCCGAGCACCCGCAGGAGAGCGCGCGGUGGGCGCCCUGUGGUCCUUCGCUAAAUGCCUGGGUGCGCUGCUGCCGGUCUACCUGGCUGGAUACUACGGCUUCAGCAUCACCUUGGUCUUGUUUGGGCUCAUGGUCUACAUGGGCUGGAAGCACAGUCGACUGGAUAAAGCCUGGAGGCUCAACGCCGCCAUGUACCUCCUGGAAAACGAGAGGGAAUUCACCACUGAGAAGGUCUUUCGAGCCAAACAGGAGCUGCCCCCCUGGGUCAACUUCCCGGAUGUAGAAAAAGUAGAGUGGAUGAAUAAGAUCUUACAGCAAGCGUGGCCUUUUCUAGGGCAAUUCCUGGAGAAGUUACUCCUGGAGACCAUCGCUCCAACCAUCCGAGCAUCCAGUAUCCAUCUGCAGACUCUCAGCUUUACCAAGGUCAACUUAGGAGACAAGGCUUUAAAAGUGGUUGGUGUGAAGGCUCACACAGAACACGAUAGGAGACAAGUCAUGUUGGAUUUGUACCUCAGCUAUGCUGGUGAUGUUGAGAUCAACGUGGAAAUCAAAAAGUACUUUUGCAAAGCUGGGGUUAAAGGCAUUCAGCUCCACGGAAAGCUGCGUGUGAUCCUCGAGCCUCUUAUUGGAGAUGUCCCGCUGGUCGGGGCCGUGACCAUGUUCUUCAUCCGCCGACCUAAACUGGACAUCAACUGGACGGGUCUCACCAACUUGUUGGAUAUCCCUGGACUCAAUGCCAUGUCGGACACUAUGAUAAUGGAUGCAAUUGCCUCCCAACUGGUCCUCCCCAACCGUCUCACCAUACCCCUGGUGGCCGACCUGCCGGUUGCGCAGCUCCGCUCCCCUCUCCCAAGGGGAGUCGUGCGGAUCCACCUGCUGGAAGCGGAGGAUUUGACCGCCAAGGACACCGUCAUCAAAGGUCUGAUUGAUGGCAAGUCUGACCCGUACGCUGUGCUUCGCGUGGGAACGCAGAUCUUCACCUCGCAUCACGUGGACAGCAAUCUGAACCCACAGUGGAGGGAGAUGUAUGAGGUGAUUGUCCAUGAAGUACCUGGUCAGGAGUUGGAAGUGGAAGUCUUUGACAAAGACCCAGACCAGGAUGACUUCCUGGGCAGGCUGAAGGUGGAUCUUGCUAUUGUCAAACAGGCCAGAGUGGUUGAUGAUUGGUUCAAUCUAAAGGACGUCCCAUCUGGUAGCGUCCACCUCCGACUGGAGUGGCUUUCUCUGCUGUCCUCCGCUGACAGGCUGACUGAGGUCAUCCAGAGAAACCAGAACUUGACCACCAAGACCGCCGAGCCUCCAUCUGCCGCCAUUUUGGCCAUCUACCUUGAUCAGGCUCAAGAGUUACCCAUGAGAAAAGGCAAUAAGGACCCAAGCCCGAUGGUGCAAAUUUCCAUUCAGGAUACCACUAGAGAGAGCAAGACCAGCUAUGGUACCAACAACCCAUUGUGGGAGGAUGCCUUUACCUUCUUCAUUCAAGAUCCUCGCAAACAAGACAUUGACAUUCAAGUGAAGGAUGAUGACCGAUCUCUCUCGCUGGGCAGCCUGACCAUCCCUCUCGCCCGCCUUGUGGGGACCCCUGAUCUCACCAUGGACCAGUGGUUCCAGUUGGAGAAUUCUGGUUCCGCUAGUCGCAUCUACAUCAAAAUUGUCCUACGGGUUUUAUGGCUAAGUGACGAUGCCACACCCACCACACCCUCUCCUCGACCGUUAGCCCCAGGGUCGGGCCCAGGACACGGGGGCAUCACAGCAGAGCACAACCCGAUGGGUCUCGGUGGGGUACCUCCACCGUCGCGGCCGCAGCACACCACGCCUGACCCUGAGUUUGCAUCUGAGGGGGUGCUGCGAAUCCAUCUGUUGGAGGCCCAAAACCUUAUCGCCAAGGAUAACUUCAUGGGGGGCAUGGUCAAAGGGAAGAGUGACCCUUAUGUGAAGAUCCGUGUGGCCGGCAUCACGUUCCGCAGCCACACCAUCAAAGAAAACCUCAAUCCAGUCUGGAAUGAACUCUAUGAGGUGAUUUUGACUCAACUUCCUGGUCAGGAGAUCCAGUUUGAAUUGUUUGACAAGGACAUUGAUCAGGACGACUUCCUGGGAAGGUUCAAGCUGAGUUUACGCGACAUCAUCAGUGCACAAUUCAUCGACACGUGGUAUACUUUGAACGAUGUCAAGUCAGGCCGAGUUCACCUGUUGCUAGAAUGGCUGCCCAGGGUCUCCAGCCUACCGAGGAUGGAGCAGAUCCUGCAGUACCAGUCCCAGCAGUCAUUCCAGAACAAAGUUCUUCCCUCGGCCGCUGUGCUGUUUGUGUAUGUGGAGCGUGCUCACGGCCUACCGCUGAAGAAAAGUGGAAAGGAACCCAAAGUUGGAGCAGAGGUCAUCCUAAAAAACGUCUCGCACAAAACUAAGGUCUGUGAGCGCUCCACAUCCCCACGAUGGGACGAAGCGUUCCAUUUCCUGGUUCGAGAUCCCAGAGAUGAAAUCCUCACCGUCAAGCUGUCCCACAGCUGGGGCCCGGCUCUUGGGUCCUUGGCGCUCCCUCUCAGGGAGGUCAUGGCUGAGCCGAGCUUGGUGCUGGACCGCUGGCUCGCCCUGGAUGGAGCUCUGCCAGAGAGCCAGAUGCUGCUGAGGGUGACGCUCAAGAUCUUGGACACUCAGUUAGCAGUGUGCCGCAGGGCCCCAGGGGAUGAUGGAAGUGGAGACCCAGUCAUUCCCAGAUGGGAUCCCUCCCAUUUGGACCUGAGGCACCGAUCCGGAUUCACCAUGGGAACCGAUACAUCAAGUGCAGCAGGCCAGGUGAAGCUCACCAUCGGCUACUCCACAGAGGAGAGCAGGCUCUUCAUCACCGUCCACGCAUGCAGAGGCCUGACGGCGUGCUCCAAGGACGGGGCCGACCCUUACGUGACCUUCAUCCUGCUGCCCGACAAGAAGGCCACCACCAAGAGGAGAACCGCCACCAAGAAACGGGACUUAAACCCAGAAUUCAACGAGAGGUUCGACUUUGACUUCUCUCAGGAGGAGUCCACGCAGAGGAGGCUGGAUCUGUCUGUGAAGAACAGCGUCUCCUUCAUGAGCAGAGAGAGGGAGCUCAUCGGCAAAUUGCAGCUGGACUUGGACCAAAUUGACCUGAAGAUUGGCGCCACACAGUGGUAUGAUUUGAUACCAGAGUCGGCGUAGGCCAAUAGACACUCGUUGUGCGUACUAUUCAACAUGCGGUGUUGCUUCUGUGAUUUGUGUGUUUGCAUAUUCGGCUUUCACAAAAGGAUAACGCAUCUGCUCCACAAAACAGCGGCCCAUCAGUAUUCAUUAGAGCAGGGGUCGGGAACCUUUUUGGCUAUGAGAGCCAUGAAGACCAGAUAUUUUAAAAUGUGUAUCUGUGAGAGCCAUAUACAUUUUUUUAAACAUUGAAUGCAAUAAAAUGUGUGCAUUUUUAUGUAAGACCAACAGUUUUAGAUAUAAUGGGCUCUAAUUACGUAGACCAGGCACACUACCCCACGCCAAUGGGGUGUGGCCAGCACACUUUCGUGAGCAGCGCAGUGUCCAAUAAUAAAUCAAAUACUUGCUGCCAUUAAUGCAACUUCUGCUGCUGCAUGGUUUUGCACCGUACUCAGUAUAUUUCAUUCUUUCGGCCAUCUUCAUCAGAAGGCUUGGUUCUGCAGCUUUAGCUAGGUGACUAUUUGACUAAAGAAGGAAAGUUUAUAUUUACAUGUUGACAUCUCAAUGACCGAGGUAGACUACCGCAUUACCCAGUAAUAAUCAAGUUUUGGUGUUUGACCUGGAAAAUAUUAUCAAGAAAGAUGGAUAUGGUCCGCCAUAUUGCAGUAGAAAAUAGAUGGACGAAUUAAAAUGCAUAAGAAAGUUUUGAUUUUUAAUAUUAUUUUUAACAGUGAUUUCUGUGAUGUUUACUUUAAAAUGUUAGCAAACAUACCUUUUUAUUGUGGUAAGAAAUGCUUGAGAGCCAGAUACAGUCAUCAAAAGAGCCCUACCUGGCUCCCGAGCCAUAGGUUCCCUACCUCUGCAUUAGAGGAAGCUAGCCCGUCAUCCAUCAAGUGUUCAAAUGUGCUGCAUGCGUAGACGCAUCCUUCGGUAGAAUAUUGUGGCUGAAUAGAUAUUUAAUAAUGCGACUAUGUUGCACAAAAUACAACAUUUGUAUAUGUUAUAUACAGUUGUGAGAAAUGAUAAUAUAAAAGGUCCUACGAGGAUUGUAUUGUAUCCUCAGCAGGGCUCGUGCUGUGGUUGAUAUCCAAAGGUACUGUAUGACCAGGUUGUACCGAUUUCUACCUUCCGACACGACUGAAAGAGACCAUAGCUUUGUUUUUUACAAUCUUCAAACCAAUUCCCAACAUUGCUUUGUUUACGUGUGUUUAUAUGAUUGACUUAAGUAUUAAGACAACUUUGACCAGUGUUACACACUUACUUGCGUUCCGGAUGAUGUUUUAUAUGUUUUAAGCAGAGCUUUAUGACUAAAUGUUACUUUUAUAACCAAGUGUUACAAAGUCAGACCUUCCUUUUCAAUCCGAGCUAUGAAACUGUCAGAGGUCCUAAUCACUGUGCUUUUAUGAAGACAAAACAUUAGGGGGGGGGGGGGAUUGUGGAACACACGCUUUGUUGCAUAUGUAGUGCUAAUUGCAAGCUUUUAUGCGUAGUUUUUCCAUGCAAAGCAGCUAAAGUGGUGUACUUUGUGUUGCACGGCUGUCAUUUUAUCAUCAGACACCCGACUGUGUAUUUGAAACUAAAUUGUGUUGAAUGCUCAAGACAAAAAAAAAUGCUGUUUUUGACUUAAUAUGCAUCAGCUUUGAAAGUGUUGAUUAAAGUUUGCACUCCC